AUGCAUUUGCAUAGAAUCCCCUUCUUCCUCUUUGCCUUAUUUAGUCUUGCAUAUGCAAAGAAAGGAAAAGACAAAUCACCAGAGGCAGAGCACGUGGGAACCAAUUCUGAAAAGUAUACAGUCUACCCAUUUCCCAAUCCAGUAACUCUAGAUAUUUCAAAUGUGAGCAAUGAUUUUGUACAUACAGAGGCUCAGUACCAUGACUGGACCACCUAUGUCUCUAGUCCAGUCACGGAGAAGAACAUGGUUGAAGUUAGAGAUGGAAACUCUUCCAUAUGGAAAGGUGAUGGCAAGACCGAAAAGUGUUUUUCAGUGACUAGACACAUCAAGGGGGAUUUGGAACUCUUGGAUCUUAACCUCUUUACAAGAGCUGGAAAAUGCAGUCGCAAGUAUUUUGAAAAGAGUGGUGGAAGCUGGAAAGAAAUGUCUUUGGAGGAAUAUGAGAAGAAUAAACCAAAAUCUGAUACAUAUACACUUUUAGAUGGAAGGGAAUUCAAUGUAAAAGUAGAGUAUAUUCCAGUAGAAAAUCCCAAAGAGCCCGAAUUUACUCCAACAGAAGAUGAAGGUAAGAAAAAUAGCAAGACUCCUCAGAAACAACCACAGGCAAAUGCACAACCUGCUGCCAAAUCUCCUGAAGCUCAGACUGUUGCUGAUCCUCCUCCGGAACCCGUUCAACCUACUCCACAAGGAGGGGCACAGACUAAGUCUGCAGAUAAACCCGUAGAAUCUCCUAGUGAAGGCUCUCCUGAACAAACUGAAUCUAAGGAAGCUUCUACAGAAACUUCGGAUGAUAACACUUCUAAAACUAUUCUUGAUAAGGAUGUAAAGGUUGUUAAGCCAACGGUGGAGACGUAUAAAAGUGACCAAGGGGAUUUGACAACGCUAGACAUUAAAAAGCCAAAUCUUCAUGUAAUAAAUUUGAGGGAAACUUUGGAUAAAAAUGAAGUAAGAAACAGAAUAUAUGGUAGAACAGGAAUGUCACCCAUUACAUCAGUUGUGGAUGGAGGCUUUGAAUUCUAUAAGGGAAGCACUGAAGUACAGACUGUGCUUUCGUUUUCCAAAGGGAGUUCGACUCUCCUGUUUGUACAGUAUAAACAACGUUUAGAUGGUAAGUGGGUAGAUUAUUUUGAAAAUUCCGGUGGAAGUUGGAAGUCCAUAACUCAGGAAGAAUAUCAUACAAAAUACAAAGCAAUGAAAAGUGUGGAAAUUUUAAAACAACUAGCCAAACCACAUCAGUUUAAGACAAAACCGCUGCCCAAACGGGAUACUUCUGCAAGGAAUGCGGGGUCAAACACACCAGAAACCGGAAAGGUAAAGUUACAGAUUGAUGGCAUAGAUUCCGAAACAUAUGCCAUUGAGAGAUCCAUUGAAGACAAUGUAGUUUUUGUAAAGUGUUCAUCGAAAAUUGGGAAAACUCCAUCAGAAUUUCUUUAUGGCCCAGACAAAAUAUGGUCUGGUAAAAAGGAUUACCAUUUAGUAUCUUCAACUAGUUAUCUUGAGGAUAACUUACCAAAAAUGGCACUUUUAAAGAUUAUUAAAGACAAGAGUUAUGAAUUUGUUUACGCUUAUAAAAAUGGUGAUGCUUGGGAAGAAGAGAAUGAACAAAAUCACCAAGCAAGACUUGAAGAGAUGAAGAAGAGAGGAGCAAAGAAUCCACCAAAACUUCCAGAUGACAUCAUUCCUCCGAAAGCUCCUGAACCAGAAGAUAAACAGGAGGAAAAACCUGCUCCCACAACACUUCAAGAAUCCAAGGAAGAGACAAGUGCUUCACCUCUACCAGCUGCAUCUGAAACAUCUCAACCUACUUCUCAAGUUCAACAGAUUCCACAAGAGAAACAGACUGUUCCAGACACAAAGGUUGGAGCUCCUAAACCUGUUCCACGACAUCACUUUACCAAAGAACUCGUAGUUCCAAUUACCCUAGACUUGGCUAAGGUGGAUACAAACUCAGUUGACGUUCCAGAUACUACUACGAAGGAUGGCAUAAAUACAACCUACUACUACCCAAAGGGGAAAUUCUACUUUAAUAAGAUAGUGGAUGGAACCAGGACAGUAUGGGAGUCUACUGAAGAGAAAUGUUCUCCAGCAUACACUAUCUCAAAGGGUAACGUAACAUUUCUUGCUCUCUUGCUAAAAAAGUCUGAUGAUGAGACCGAUUUAAUAUACUACGAAAAGAAGAAUCUAGGGUGGGAGCUCAUUGAGAAGACAAAGUGUGAGAAAAUAAUAGAGGAACUAAAGAGGCCUUCUGUUGCUCCAAUGAUUAAAGAGGUGGAGCUUGAUCUCACAGAUGUCGACCGGGAGAUAUUCGUAGCCAGGGCAUCUCAAAAGAAUGGGCUUACAGAGAAAACAUUUACCGUGAAGGAGGGUUAUCGUCUCACAGAACUUUACGAGCUUAACGUUCCGAUUUGGAGAGGUGAGAACGGGAGCUCUUGUUCUCAAGUUACUGUACAUUAUGAUGGUAAUGAACUUGAACUUACAUCCCUAUCACUUGGCAUUGAAUCACUAUACUUGCAUGUUAAAGAUGGUAAAUGGGUUGGUGUUUCUAAGGAUGACUAUGAUGUUGCAUUGACUGAGAUGAAGAGAUUGGCUUCCUUACCCAAAGCCAGGACUGUCGAAUUAGAUGUCGCUGAUGUAGACGGCAAUGUCUUUGUGGUUAAGGAGGAAACUGUUGAAGGACUACCUCUCAAGACUGUUGCUCCAAAGGAAGGUUAUAAACUUACUGAGAUCUAUGACAUAAAUGUGCCUAUAUGGAGGGGUGCAGAUAAGGAGCAUGCUCUGUCAGUACUAGUUUGCUAUGAUGGAGAAGCCCCCGUAUCAGUAGUUGUAAACUUUGUAAAGGCUGAUGGAAAGAAUGUUUGGAGGUACCAUAAUAUGCAGGGUAACAAGUGGAGUGUGGUAAAGAAAAAAGACUAUGAGAAUCUCUUGAAGAAGCUAAAGGUUUCAGAAGAAAAUGAAGAUAAAGAGUCUCCUAAUGUCGAGAAUCAAGUAUCACGGGAGUCUAAGGAUGAUCCAAAUGUUUUAGAGAAUAAAUCCAAGAAGCCUGUUUCUCCCAACAAGAAAAAAGAUCCGGAAAGGAAAGCAACUAGACAGCCAAGACUUGGGAAAGAUGCCACUAAACAGUAA